CAUAACAGCCCUCGCUCUCGUCCACAGACAGACAUACAUACAGACUAACUCACGCCCACACCUUUCGCCUCGCAAACAAUUGAUUUCUUUUCUGGUCGCCGUGAGAGGCACCCUGACGGUUUACCCGAUAACUCCCCUCCCCCGGUGCACUCCUCCAAUCAACCCUCGCAAUCGCCUCUCUCCAUCCAGCGCUUUUCGUCAUCAGACCCAGAAACGAGAUCCCGUCCCGCAUCGCAGCGUGCACGGCGCAUAGCAUCGCACAAUGUCGAAACGCCAUCUCUUCGAGUCCCCCGACGGCCUCGUCACCAAGGCGCUCCGGGGCAUUGUCGCCUACAACCCUUCGCUAUCACUGGAUGAAACCAACCGAGUGGUAUUCGAUACGACCUACAAUAAGUCCAAUGUCUCGAUAAUCAGCGGUGGCGGCUCUGGCCACGAACCCGCUUGGUCCGGUUAUGUCGGCGAAAACCUGCUGGCCGCCUCGGUGGCGGGCGAUAUAUUCGCCUCUCCUAGCACGAAGCAGAUCCUUGCCGCAAUCAACGCGGUGCCGUCCCAGAAGGGGACCAUCUUGGUUAUCACCAAUUACACAGGCGAUCGCCUCCACUUCGGCCUAGCGAACGAGAAAGCCAUUGCGAGCGGCCACAAGUGCAGGAUGAUCACCUGCGGUGACGACGUAUCGGUUGGCCGAAAGAGCAAGCUCGUUGGCCGGCGCGGCCUGGCGGGGCAGCUCGGAGUGUUGAAGGUAAUGGGUGGCGCAUCCGGCGCUGGCGGCUCUCUCGACCAGGUUUACGACCUUGGCGUCGCAUUCUCCCAACAGAUCGUCUCGAUUGCUGCUACCCUCGACCACUGCCACGUUCCCGGUCGGGCCGAGCACGGCACGUUGGCGAGCGACGAGGUGGAGAUCGGAACUGGCCCCCAUAACGAGCCUGGCUACAGGAAGCUGUCUCCCGUGCCGUCGCCGCAGGAUCUCGUCAGGCAGAUCCUGACGUAUUGCCUAGACGAGAAAGACCCUGAGCGUGGUUACGUCAAUUUCAAGGAAGGGGAUGAGGCCAUACUACUCGUCAGCAACUUCGGCGGUAUGUCGCACCUCGAGAUGGGCGCGCUAUUGGACGAGCUCCUCGAACAGCUCGCGGAAAACUGGAAGAUCGCCCCGGUGCGCGUCAGCUGCGGUUUCCUCGAGACGUCACUCAAUGCACCAGCUUUCUCGGUGUCUGUCGUUAACGUGACUGCUGCUGCCCGGAAUUGUUCGUACUCGGUCGAGGAGAUCAAGGCCUUCUUCGAUGUCCGAACUAACACACACUGGGAGUCGAUGACCGGGUCGCAAUCGGUGCGCCGUGCUAGGCAACAGCAAUUUGUGCAGCCGCCUCACGUGCCCCGAAAGCCCGUCGAGGACGCCAAGGACGUCAAGAUCGACCCUGCGACCCUGGACAGGAUGCUGCGCAGUGCCUGCGAUGCGCUGAUCGCUGCGGAGCCCGACCUGACUAAGUGGGAUACGGUAAUGGGUGACGGUGACUGCGGCGAGACUCUUAAGACGGGUGCGACCUGUCUGAUUGCCGCGCUGGACGCAAACCUGGCUGCCAAGGGUUCGAUCAUCGAGGUCCUGCAGGAGCUCGAGGAAAUCGUCGAAGGCAAAAUGGGCGGCACCCUCGGCGGCAUUCUCGGCAUUUUCUUCGUCUCUAUCCGGAUCAGCCUCGAGGGGAACGCCGCUCUAGCGAAGACGGAAGGGCUCACGAAACAAUGGGCCAAUGCCAUCACAUCGUCCCUCGAAAAUCUACGGCGGUACACGCCGGCCCAGGUCGGCGACCGGACCGUCAUGGAUACUUUGAUUCCCUUUGCGCAGGGUCUGCAAUCUGGGGGCUUCGCCGGUGGCGUAGCGGCAGCGAUUCGGGGAGCCGAAUUAACCAAGACGCUCAAGCCAAAAUUAGGCAGAGCUACCUACGUCGGCGCCGACACUAGCAAGGGCCUGCCGCCAGACCCUGGCGCUUGGGGGGCAAUGGUUGCCAUCAAGGGCCUGCAGUCAGGCUUGUAACUGAAUGAACCUAGCUUGCAAGCCGGUCCGGGCUCCUCGAUAACUUGUUCAGGCCAGGGCGGUGCGUUGACAAGCUGUGGGUAGCUAAAUAGGCUUCGCAUAGCAAUUGCGUGUAAUAAAUUCUAGCUAGAGGGGUGAAAAUGUUCACGAGGUAGAUUUUAUCGUCACCCGUUUUCUUGCUGUGAAAUGUGCUGCAGGUUCAGUGGUAAGCAGGUAGGUAGGUAUAACCAUGCCGAUAUUUAUUGCCCUCAUCG